AUGGCAUGUCCAGCUCGUGCUAGCCCGUUCCUGGAGGGACCUGUCACCAGCGACAGCGAUUAUACCGGGGCACCACGACAAUUUGCUGGCCCUACCGGCUUUUCUAUGGACGAUGAGGACAACCGCCGACGAAACGGUGCGAUUGGCCCUUCCCUAGCGCAGCCAGUCUCGAUCCCUGCCACCAACGGCUUGAGGUACAGCGCACAACAGUCUGCAAUGCAGGAUGUAGCUCAGCCGCCGCCCGGGUUGUCGUCCGCUCUUCAGUCACAAGGGCAGGUACGCCCUUCAACGGGGAAGUACAUGCCCUUCCCUAUCGAGUUUGAGCGAAAUGCCGAGGAUUUCUUCGUAUACAAGUACUCCACGGGGCCUCGAUCAUUCGUUCGAUACCCCCACAAUCUGUUCUUCGGACAGACUGGGAAUAUUUACAUGGACUCCCAACAGCGCUUGCCCCAGCCGGUAGCGGACGCACCUCCUUUCCACGAGACUAAUAUACUUUUGCCGAUAAUCGCAGGCAGUCAAGCCAUCAAACCAGAGAUUCACGCCAAGAUACAUAAAGGCUUCUUUCAAGUGGACGACAAAUGGACCUGUUAUAGGCGGAACUAUUUCUCGGUCUCCUGCUCGUUUUCCUUACAUCCAUGGACGCGUGCUCCUCUUUACCUGAAGGUUUCUGACCAGACGACGGAGCGCAUCCUGAAGUUUUCCAUGUGCAUAUCGGCAGUUGUAAAUGCACAGUACGGUGAGAUUCGAGAGUUGGUUCAACACACUCCGAAACGCGACAAACAAUCCGAAAGGAAGCCGGGGAAAGUUGUCCUGCAACCUUGCCAGCCGCCGCCGCCAUUGCUUCUCAAUCACGGUGCAACGACUAGUGGUGGUGGGCAGCACGCGUUUGCGCUGAACUCUCAAUCGGCCGCAUUGUCGAUGGACUACAGUUCUUCAUACACCGGGGCUCCGCAGCAGUCACAGCCGCCGACGCAGCACACAUUCGAGCGUAUUCAGUUCCAGAAGGCGACAGCGAACAACGGCAAGCGCCGGGCGCAGCAGCAGUACUACAACUUGGUUGUCGAGCUCUAUGCGGAGAUUACGAAUCCUAGCAACGGGAGUGAGACGCAGUGGAUGAAGAUCGCUAGAAAACUUUCACAUCCCAUGGUGGUCCGGGGUCGUUCUCCAGGUCAUUACAAGGACGGUCGACGGGAUAGUUCAACGAGCAUGGGUCCGGACGGGGGUAAUGGCGGCUAUGGCGAUAGCAGUGUGUCUGCAGGUCUGUUACCGGGGGCGCGAUCGCAUCUGAUGAUGUCGUUCGAUCCGUCUUCACGCGGAGGGUCUCAUUACGGUCGAGCGGAGUAUCAACACAUGGCCGAGCCAUCCCCAUUGAGUGAUAGUCCGCACAUCUCGUCAUCCUCGUCAUCUGCAUUUGAUAUUGGGAUUCUAAAUGAUCCCAUGGAUCCGCUAGGCACCAUCAAAAGCCCGUCAAGCAUGGACGGGUACGCCGACGGUGGUUUCGGUCUCCUUGACCGUAAACCCGACAACCAUUUCCGCACGCAUCUACCGCCGUUUGAGUAUGAUACACUAUCUAGGGGAAGUGAGGAGUCCGGCAACAGCUAUCCUGAGUCGUUUGACUCGAUGACUUCAAUAUUCUCGAGCGAAGCCAGUGAACCCUCGCAUUUUCUGAAAAAUCCGCCUCGGCUGACGCCGCAGCUUCAACAUAUCCCUACAUCCAGGGGCUAUGAUCCGCUCGUCCCCUCUCGUUCAAACAAUGACAAUCUUUAUUGUCGAUUUUCGAACUCGCAGAGUCUGCGUGCUUAG